CGGACCCCCUCGUCUCUUCGGGGAACGGGCUUCUUUCAGGGCAGAGGUGUCGCCGCGAGCUACUGCGCAUGCUGAGAAGUCUGCGCAUGCUCAGUAACAGUUUAGGGCGCAAGAUCCGAACUGACUUGACUCAGCCCAUGGUAACCCCGCACCCGCCACUGCCCCAGCAGGCCCCGGUGCGGACACCAGCUGCCUCGCGCCCGCGAGUAGCCGCUAAGCGGGGCGCUGCUGCUGCUGCUGCUUCCCCCGCCCCGAGCUGUAGGGCCGCGCCCCCGCCUUCGCCUCCGACGGCUGGAAACCUGUUGUUUGGACGCUGAACUAUGACAUCAUGGCAAGAUUUCACAGAAGAACGUGCAUUAUUUUGUUGCUUUUUAUUUUAUUCAUUUGCUCCAUGAUGAUGGCUUUGAAGACUCUGAGACCUGACAGAGCUGGUUUUGGGGAUCCAUUUGGACUUGGUCUCCUACCGGAACUUCAACAACAGACAACACUCUUAGAAAAUAAACACAGUCCCCUAACUGCUGCCAAGGGGGAUAGUGUAACACACACCAAUAAUUUGCACAGUGUUGCAUUGAAUAGCAUUAAAACAUCUAUGGCCUCUGUAAGAAAGUUGGAAGAGGAAUUGCCUUCCCCUAAUUAUAACUUUCAUGUGUUCUACUACAGCUGGUUUGGGAAUCCACAGUAUGAUGGUAAAUAUAUUCACUGGAACCAUCCACUGGUGCCACAUUGGGAUUCCAAAAUUGCAAACAAUUACCCAAAGGGAAGACACAAUCCUCCAGAUGAUAUUGCGUCCAGUUUUUACCCUGAACUUGGAACUUACAGCUCUAAAGACCCUUCUGUCAUAGAAGCCCACAUGCAACAAAUGCGUUCAGCCUCUGUUGGUGUCAUAGCCCUUUCUUGGUACCCACCUGGUAUGGCUGACGAAAAUGGGGAACCUAGUGAAGAUUUGGUGCCUGUUAUUUUGGAUAAUGCACACAAAUACAGUCUAAAGGUCACUUUUCAUAUUGAGCCAUAUAAAGAUCGAGAUGAUCGCAGUAUGUACAGCAAUGUGAAGUACAUUGUAGACAAAUAUGGAGGCCAUCCAGCUUUUUACAGGCAUAAGACCAGCACAGGCAGAACCCUCCCCAUGUUUUAUGUUUAUGAUUCUUAUGUAACAAUCCCUGAAAUAUGGGCAAAUCUAUUAACUGUUUCUGGAUCCCAGAGCAUUCGCAAUACUCCGUAUGAUGGAUUAUUCAUUGCACUUCUAGUGGAAGAAAAACAUAAACAUGAAAUCCACAGAAGUGGUUUUGAUGGAAUUUAUACAUACUUUGCCACCAAUGGUUUUUCUUAUGGCUCAUCUCAUCACAAUUGGCCAAGUCUAAAAGCCUUUUGUGACAGCAGCAACUUAAUGUUCAUUCCAAGUGUGGGACCAGGAUACAUUGACACCAGCAUCCGACCAUGGAAUAACCACAACACCCGCAACCGUGUUAAUGGGAAGUAUUAUGAGACUGCUUUCAGUGCAGCACUUUUGGUGCGACCAGAAAUUAUUUCCAUCACCUCUUUCAAUGAAUGGCAUGAAGGGACUCAGAUUGAAAAAGCUGUUCCUAAGAAAACUGGACAGGUAACUUACCUGGAUUACAAGCCUCAUAAACCAACUAUGUAUCUGGAGCUCACUCGCAAGUGGUCUGAGAAAUACAAUAAGGAAAAAGAACAAUGGCUUUUGUGAGGUGCCACUGCUCCUGUUUGUAAAUACAUUCAGUCCAUCUCAGAGGUGGAAAUGACACUUGGAAUUCUAAUUCAGCCAGUCAAGAUGGCUUUUAUCAUAAAUAUACUUUAAAAAAACCCAAAACCUUUGAAUGUAGUAUGCGCUAUUACUGUACCUGUUAGAAUUAAUUUUGACUCCUUUUAGGGGCCAAAAUAAUAGUGAGCAAUAUUGCAUCUCUAGGCUAUUUUAAUUGGAGACUAUUUUGUGAAAUGUUAGAUGCUUUUUAUUCAUAAUCUGUAUGUAAAGCUUACAGAAACUCUAUCUGGAAUAAUUCAGAGGUGACUCAAGUAGAGUGAGACAGAAUUUAGCAUAUUUACAUUUAUUACCUUUAGCUAUAUAGCCGUGUUUCAGAGUUGAAUACUACUGUGAUUAGAAUUUUGUCUCGAUAGUUCCUCAGAGGAUAAAUAUUUGUGGUGCAUGAAAUAACGUAGCAAUUGUUAUAUCAUUUGUACACCUUGUAGCAGGCGGAGAGUUUACUUUAACAUUUGACUUGUGGUACAAACACUAAGACUGGUGUGAAAUUGUUUUGAAACUUACAACUUUUGGUUUCAAAAAUUGAUGAAAGGUUGUUUAACUCCAGAUUAGUCUUGUAUUUAGAUUUUGCAUUCUGUAGUUUUUUGUAACUAUGGAAUGUCAACAAAAUGCAUUGAGAUCUUCUAACUAGAUUAAAAUUAAAGAAGGAAUAACAGUAACUAAAAUGAGGGGGGAAAGUAUCUGAGUGAUGAAAUUGCUCAAAAUAAGAAAAAUCGGUUUCUUAAACAAGAUUUUCUUUAAUGUUUACCAGGGAUAGACCUUUUUUUAUUACUUAUUGCAGACCUAGAUCCAGUGUUUGGAGGGGAAAAAAUGAAAAGAUUACAAGUCACAUAAGUAUUUACUAGUCCUACAAUUGAUUCAUUUUCUAGAGCAGUCUUUGUUACAUGAUUUUAGCAGCACAUAGUCUUUGACCACUAGAAUGAAUUUGUCUGUUAACUUGAAAGCUAAGAUUUCAAAUGGUUUCAGACAGUUCAUUGAUUUCCUGCAGUACUAAAGGUAGCAGCUACCAAAAUCAUGUCAGAAUUCAGGUGAGGAGAAAAUACAGCAAGAUAGUAAUUGAGUGAUGUUCUUAUUGCAUUUCAUAACGUGCCAUUGCUAGAAAUGAGUGCUUAAUACUGUUUGAAAGCUGAGAUUCUCAGGUUUCAAUUAUUAUAAAUCAUUCCUUUCUAGGCCUGGUUGUUUCUGAGACACCACUCAACAAUGGUCUAUGUCUAGCAAUGCUUUUUUGGCACUUACCCUGUUCUGAAUAGAGCAAAUCCCCAAACUUGGACCACUAUGGGUUUCACUAUUUGGUUUCAUAGUUGUGGUGAAUUUGAGAGUACUUUGGCAAGUAUUUAAUCUGUAGCAUAGUAUAAUUGCUUUUAUUUUAUUUUAUUUUAACUUACUUUAGGCCCUGAUCCUGCAUUGUGAUUCACAUGUAAACUUCCCAUUGGAGUACCAUUGACUUAAUAGAAUUUUGUGCAGGCAUAGUAAUCUGCCCAUGCAGUUGCAAUGCAGGAUUGAAAAAGUGAAACAUUUUUUUUCCCCCUGAAACAUGUUUAAAUUUAAUCUUAAUGACAUGAUGUUGCUGAUAUUUGUUAGUGACUUCUUAAUGUGAAAGAAGGAAGGGUUUAUCUGAAACUUGUCUCCAUAGAUUAAAGACAGUUUUUUCACCAAACUUAUGCAUGGAAACUGUCUGAAAUUCUUUAACUGUUUUAUACAUCCAGGCUGGCAAAUUGUAUGUAAGAUUUCUCUUCAAAUUAUUUAAAUGGUUCUAUUAGUAAGCCCCCAAACAUCAUAGGCACGGAAAUUCCAACUUAUAUGUUAAUCUUAGUUAAAAAUAGGACCAUAUUCUCAGCUACAGCCAAGGAGUGUGGGGUGUAGCUUACAAAAGGGGCUGCGGAGGAGCCAUUUGUGGUUCCCAAUGGUGGGAUCAGUUCUGCUCUCGUUGCGUCCCUAGUGUAGUUUAGAGCAGCCUCGAGAGAGAGAGUGUGUGUGUGUGUGUGUGUGUGUAAGUAAAUAAAAGGAGGCGGGGGCUGGGGGGAGGAGAGAGAAUAGAGCAUUACCCUGCAUCUUGUGUAAUCACUUGUAUCAGGGCAGAGUGAAUGUAAAAUUCUACUAAAUCAUAACAAAUGCCCUGGUGUGACUACACAAAAUACAGAAUAGAGAGAAUCUGACCCAAAGUGUGAUAAGCAAUAAUCUUGGAUCCUAUCCUGCAUUCCAUGCAUACCCAUUGAAGAUAAAUUUGGGUAUGCAAGAAAUGCAGGAUUGUUUCCUUUUUUUGUAUUGAGAAGUGAGGAGUAGCUUGGUGCCUUCAACGUGCCUGAGAAAUGCCUAUCUUGACUAAGGGCUUGUCUACACUAGAAGCACUACAGUAAUGCAGCUGUGCCACUGCAGCGUGUCUAGUGAUGAUAUUCUGUGCUGACGGGAGAGAGCUCUCCUCUUAGCAUAAUAAAACCACUUCUGCAAGAAGGUCUCCCACCAACAUGGUGCUGUCCACACAGCACUUAUGUCAGUAUAACUUAUGUCGCUCAGAGCCGUGGCUUAUUCACACACCUGAGCGACAUAAAUUAUGCCAACAUAAGCUUUAGUGUAGACCUACCCUAAUACGUAGUCUGGGAUGUUACAGUGCACCUUCAAUAUGUUGUAUUCUGUUAAAUGGUAUCUUCUAAAUAUUUUGCACUGUCAGACUUCAUUUCUAAGGAUCUCAAAAAUCUUUUUCAAAGCAGGUAAGUAGUAUUUUUAAUUUUCAGAUGGAUAAACUGAGCUAUAGAUGAUUUAGUGACCUGACCACAGUUACACAGUGAAUCAGUGACCGUGUAGGACAUAGAGCAGGUAUCAAUUCUUUACCCCCGUUCUAACCACUCUCAUACAGCCUCUUAAGGAAACUAAUGUAUGCACUUUUAGUAUCAGUUCCUUAAAUAGCUAUACCUAUUUAUUUAUUUGUUUAAAUUUGUUACUUUUUCUUUAAAGUAUUUACAAGCCUCAGAGUGCACAAUU